CGACUGGAAACUCAUUCCCGCUGAACGCAAACUUCCGGCGGAAAGGAAAGUGGGUUCCGCUCUUCGGCGGAGGGGGCUCACGUUCGCCUGUGAAGCCUGCUUUUCUGAGAAGGUUCACUUCAAAGGCAGUGAUGGCUUUCGAGCAGACACUCAAAAAGGAUUGGUACAGCAUUCUGGGGGCAGAUCCGUCUGCACAUGUGUCAGACCUAAAACAAAAGUAUCAGAAACUCAUAUUACUGUAUCAUCCAGAUAAACAAAGUGCAGAUGCGCCAGCAGGAACCAUGGAGAAAUGUAUGCAGAAGUUCAUUGAAAUUGACCAAGCGUGGAAAAUUCUAGGGAAUGAAGAAACCAAAAAAAUGUAUGACCUGCAGCGGCAUGAAGCGGAACUAAGAAGUAUGGGGCCAGUAGACACACAAGUGUACCUUGAAGAAAUGUCCUGGAACAAAGAUGAUGGGUCUUUCUCUCUGACCUGCCGAUGUGGGGGGAAAUACACUGUCUCCAAGGAUGAAGUGGAAGAAGUGAACUUAAUUUCUUGUGAUACGUGUUCACUGAUUGUGGAACUCCUUCAUCAGCAUUGAACUGUGCAUUCCUGCAAUCCUUUAACUAAGUCAGCAUGGUCCAGAGGCCACUCGGGCUUCAAGGAGACAGAUGCUUUCUUACUAGAUGUAUAAAUUGCCACGAUAAUAUAAGAUCUUCAAGCAAAGGCCACUUCAGAUUAACAAAUUAAUUCAGUAAUAUAUAUAUAUUUACAGGAUAUCACAAAAAGGACUUGAAUUAUAUUUCUGGAUUUUUAUCUUUUAUUUUCUCCUUGGUACAAAAUAAUAAAGUACUUAUUUUUACAUA